AUGGCUGCUAACAAGAGGAGGAGGAGUAGUGGUGUUGAUGACAUCGCUGAGGCGAUUCACCGGAUGGUGGAUGCGAUGCAGCCACCCGUAGUAGCGCAGUCUAGGACGGCGAUUGCACCAAUCAGGGUGCCGAUUGUGGUGGACUUCUUGCGCCACAAGCCAGCUGAGUUCACUGGCAAGGCCUCCCCUGAUGAAGCGGAUGCAUGGCUCCGCAAAUGUGAGAAGAUCUUCAAAGUGAUGAAUUGCGAAGAUGAGCAGAAGCUGUUGUUCGCUACUUACCUGCUGAAUGAGGAUGUUGAAUAUUGGUGGGCAGGCAUGCAACAACAGAUGGAGAUUAGGGAAGAGUCAAUGUCUUGGGCCAACUUCAGAACUCGUUUCUUGGAGAAGUACUUUCUAGAUACAGCAAGACAGGACAAGGAGGCUGAAUUCCUAGCAUUGCAGCAAGGAGAUAUGACAGUGCAGGAGUAUGUUAACAAAUUUGAGCACUUGGCGAGGUAUUCCUCACAGAACAUCACCGAGGAGUGGAAAUGUUUAAAGUUUGAGCGAGGACUCAAACUUGAGCUGAAGAGGGUGGUAACACCUUUGAGAGAGAAAAGAAUUCCUGUCUUGGUGGAACAGACCAAGAGUGCGGAGCACCUUGAGAAGGGCCCUGGUCCAUUUGUGAGCCGACAUCAGAAAAAUGUCGCUGAGGCUAGGCAGAUGAAAAAACCUUAUAGCAGACCAUAG